AUGAUCAAGCAAGUCUGUGCCGCCGUUUGCACUGUUUUUUCUGUUGCCUAUUCCGGCUACUACCUGACGCACCUGACUCGUCACCUGACACGUGGAUGGAGGAAAGCCUGUCCUUUGGCCUCAACAGCAGGGGCAGCACCUCCUCUGGCUCCCUCUCUCCUUGAGGAAGAGGCUGAAGAGGAGCAAAAGGACAUCCAGCCUCCAGCUGCUGUCCCUCCAUGGCCAGAACAUGCAGAACCACUGGACACACACUCUGCGCUUCAGUGUGCCGCUGCAGCAGCAUGGCCUGCGGCAGCAGGCACUCCCUCAGCUGCCAGCACUUCAUCCAGCAGCCCAGCCCAGCAGCCUGAGAGCAGAGAGGAGCAGAGCCUGAAGACCCUGAGGAGCAUUGUGAGUCUGGGCCACCCAAUGAAGAAAUACACAGCAUUUGAAGAACUUGGACGAGGGGGGUUUGGAGCUGUUUAUAAAGCCCUCCAUGCCAGCACAGGACAACAGGUGGCCAUCAAGAAAAUGUCCCUUCAGGAGGAGAUGUGCGAGGAGCUGGCUGUCAAUGAAAUCGUGGCCAUGAGGGACAACAGGAAUCCCAAUAUUGUUACCUACUUAGACAGCUACCUGGUUGAUAGGGAACUCUGGCUGGUGAUGGAGUUGAUGGACGGUGGCACAUUGUCAGAUGUACUCAGCGCAGUGUACCUGGAGGAAGGACAGAUUGGUGCUGUCUGUCGGGAGUGCCUGCAAGGACUGCAUUUCCUUCAUUCCCGCCAAGUCAUCCACAGAGACAUCAAAAGCAGCAAUGUGCUGGUGGGCAUGGACGGAUCUGUCAAACUGGCUGACUUUGGCCUCUGCGCUCAGCUCAGCCCUGAGCGCAGCAAGCGCAGCUCCAGGGUGGGCACUCCCAGCUGGAUGGCACUGGAAGUGGUGAGAGGCAAAGCCUAUGGCCCCAAAGUGGACAUCUGGUCACUGGGGAUCAUGGGGCUGGAAAUGGUGGAAGGGGAAGCUCCUUACCAGAGGGAAGCCCGUCUCAGGGUUUUGGAACUGAUAGAAAGGAACGGGCCCCCAAAACUGCAGAACCCCAGGCACCAUUCAGCUCUCCUGCGUGACUUUCUGCAGUGCUGCCUGCAGGCAGAUGAGGACAGGCGCUGGUCUGCCCAGGAGCUGCUGCAGCAUCCAUUUGUGACCGCGGGUGACCCUGCCUCCAGCCUGGCUGCUCUGAUCGUCUCAGCCAAGCAAGUGCAGGAAGAGUGGAAAGGAGAGUCUUGCUCCUGA